CUAAAUAAACACUCACCUCUCAACUAAGUCGAUCACCAUCCCAUUAUCAUUAUUGUUUCACCUCCUUCUUCUGUAUCUAUAUAUAUAUAUAAUAUAUAAUCUGUAUCUCUCACUAUCAUCUGUAGCUAUUAUCACAUCUCUGGAUUGCCUGCCAUGAUGAAUACUCUCAUGCGAAGAGCUACAUCACAGAUCGGUUCGUACACAAAAAAUGUUGGAGGUUCUAGAAUUUUCCUGGCAAGGUGGAACAGUACAGAAGCAGUCAAAAGCGAUGAAGACUCUAAUGGGUUUAAGGGACAUGAUAUGCUAGCUCCGUUCACUGCCGGGUGGCAGACUAGUGAUGUACAUCCAUUGGUUAUAGACAAGUCUGAGGGUUCAUAUGUCUAUGAUAUCAAUGGGAAAAAAUAUCUUGAUUCUCUUGCUGGUUUAUGGUGUACAGCUUUAGGGGGGAGUGAACCCAGGCUUGUUGAUGCCGCAACUAAACAGCUAAACACUUUACCAUUCUACCACUCCUUUUGGAACCGUACCACAAAACCUUCUUUGGAUCUUGCAAAAGAACUUCUUAAAAUGUUCACAGCAAGUGAUAUGAAGAAAGUCUUUUUCACAAAUAGUGGUUCAGAAGCUAAUGACACUCAGGUGAAAUUGGUAUGGUAUUAUAACAAUGCACUUGGAAGGCCAAAUAAGAAGAAAUUCAUUGCUAGAUCUAAAGCAUAUCAUGGGUCAACUCUCAUAUCAGCUAGUCUUUCCGGCCUUCCAGCACUGCACCAUAAAUUUGACCUGCCUACCCCGUUUGUAUUACAUACUGACUGUCCACAUUAUUGGCGAUUCCAUCUUCCAGGUGAAACAGAGGACCAAUUUUCAACGAGGUUGGCAACCAAUUUGGAAAACUUGAUUAUCAAAGAAGGACCCGAGACGAUUGCUGCAUUUAUUGCUGAACCAGUCAUGGGAGCAGGAGGUGUGAUACCGCCACCCGAAGGCUAUUUUGAAAAGAUCCAGGCUGUUGUUAAAAAAUACGAUAUUUUAUUCAUUGCAGAUGAGGUAAUCUGUGCGUUUGGGAGGCUUGGAACUAUGUUUGGAUGUGAUAAGUACAACAUUAAGCCUGAUCUUGUCUCCAUAGCCAAGGCCCUUUCCUCUGCAUAUAUGCCCAUUGGAGCUGUUCUUGUUUGCCCAGAAGUUGCAGAUGUCAUAUCUUCCCAGAGCAAUAAACUUGGUGCAUUUAGUCAUGGAUUUACCUAUUCUGGGCAUCCUGUAGCGUGUGCUGUUGCCUUGGAAGCACUUAAAAUUUACCAAGAGAGAAACAUUGUUGAUCAAGUGAAUAGUGUAGCCCCAAAGUUUCAAAAUGGUUUAAAAGCCUUUUCAUCAAGUCCUAUCAUUGGAGAGAUUCGUGGGACAGGUUUGAUUUUGGCAACAGAAUUUGCUGAUAACAAGUCACCUGACACCCCUUUCCCUCCUGAAUGGGGUGUAGGCGCCUAUUUUGGAGCAGAGUGUCAGAAACAUGGAAUGUUAGUGCGUAUUGCCGGGGACAACAUAAUGAUGUCUCCACCAUUUAUUAUCACCCCUGCUGAAGUUGAUGAGUUGAUAAACAUCUACGGAAAGGCACUUAAGGCAACAGAAAUGAAGGUGGAGGAACUGAAAUCUCAGCAAUAACAGCAGUUGACUUGUGUACUUACAAAGUCUUUGGUGGCGGUUUGGGUACAGUUUUGAUUGUAAAUGUAGACCGUGUGUGAUUCGUUCCAGCUUUUAUGAACGAAACACAACAUUAAUUACUUUUUAAAUUAAUAAAUGUUUCUUGCGCAAGUUAGAUUAAGUUUUUGAUUCUCAUAAAACAAGUGUUUGAAGUGUGAUCUAUAGAUAUUGUUGAGAACUUGAGAUUUC